AUGCUUGAAGGUAAAUUUGAUGAAGCUUCCCUUUUGAAGAAGAUUGUCGAUUCGAUUAAAGAUUGUGUUAAGUUGUGUAACUUCAAUUGCACAGAACACGGUAUCACCGUCCAAGCUGUGGAUGAUUCCAGAGUUUUGUUGGUUUCGUUAUUGGUUGGUCAAUCAGCAUUCAGUGAAUACCGUUGUGACAGAGACAUCACUUUAGGUAUUGAUUUAGAAUCAUUCUCUAAAAUUAUAAAAUGUGGUAAUAAUGAAGACUACUUAACAUUAUUAGCAGAAGACAGUCCUGAUAACGUGAUGACUAUAUUCGAAGAUAAGAAGAAGGAAAGAGUUAGUGAAUACUCCUUGAAGUUGAUGGAUAUUGAUUCAGAAUUCUUAAAAAUUGAUGACAUGGACUACGACAGUGUUAUAAAUAUGCCAUCUGGGGAAUUCUCUAAGAUUGUACGUGACUUGAAGAACUUGAGUGAAUCUUUAAACAUCAUUGUUACCAAAGAUUCUGUCAAAUUCAGCUCUGAAGGUGAAAAUGGUACCGGUUCUGUUGUGUUGAAGCCAUACACUGACAUGGACCACCCAGAAGAAAGUAUCAAUGUCAACUUGGAAAACCCAGUAGACUUAACAUUCGGUUUAAAGUACUUAAGUGACAUUAUCAGGGCCACCAGUUUAGCUGGAACCAUUACUAUCAAGUUAGCCGACAAGACCCCAGCCUUAUUCGAGUAUAAGUUAGAUGCAGGUGGAUAUUUAAGAUUCUACUUGGCUCCUAAGUUUGAUGAAGAUGAUUAA